ACAAAGCUUGCUUGAUACUCCCUGGCUGUCUAACAGCCCGCGACCCCUUCUUUCCUCCCGCUGACUGGACCAUGACUUCCCAGGACGGAGAGCUCCGAGUGGGCGAUCAUUUCCCCCGCCACCCCAAAGCCUGUCGCGUGCCCGCUGAGAAGUUCUUCGCGUGCUUCUCAUCCAAAGGGGAACAGCGCGCUACGGCCUUGGAGGGCAAAGCUGGGGCGGACAAGGAGGCGGGACGACGGGGUUUGGCGGAGUGCCAGAAGGAAAUGAAGGCCUACGAUGGCUGCAUGGCCAAGGUGGUGAAGGGAAAAGGGGGAGGAAAGGAUUGGUUCUUCCGUGUGCAGGACGAGUACCGGCGCGAGAAUUUGAAAGAGGG